ACCGUGAUUUGAACGACUUAAGAACAGAUUCGAACAACUUAAUGGAAAGUGCCUUGGAAGACCUAAAUGAAAUACAACAGUAUAUAACAUUCGAAGCUUGUGAAACAAUAAAUGAGGAAGGUAUUGGUCAACCUGAAGCUCAAGUAGACAAAAUAGGAAAUGGCUCAGCUAGUGAAGUAAACG